GAUCAAAAGAUGGCGUAUUGCAGUCGAGCUGUCAAAUUCGCAACUUCUGAUCGUCGGCCUUUUCUGCUUGGAACUUUUUAGAGAUGGCUGCAGGCACUUUAUACACUUACCCGGAGAACUUCAGGGCUUACAAGGUCCUCGUUGCCGCUAAAUACUCGGCGGCGAACGUAAACGUCGAUGAAAACUUCAAAUUUGGCGAGACCAACAAAACCGAUGCGUUCCUAAAAAAGUUUCCGGCCGGAAAAGUGCCAGCUUUUGAAACAUCAGAUGGAAAAUUCCUAACCGAUAGCAAUGCUAUUGCUUAUUACGUUUCAAAUGAACAGCUCAGGGGAAAAAAUGCCUUCGAUCAGGCUCAAGUACUUCAAUGGGUGGGGUUUGCUGAAAGUGACAUUUUACCACCGGCUUGUGCUUGGGUUUUUCCAGUUUUGGGUAUUAUGCCGUUUAAUAAACAAACUUUCGAAAGAUCUAAAGAAGACAUGAAAUUAGCUUUAAAUGUACUCAACACCCACUUACUUACAAGAACUUUCUUGGUGGGUGAACGUGUAUCGUUAGCUGAUAUUUCCGUGGCGUGCACCCUUUUACAUUGUUACACAACAACGUUCGAUCCUGAGUAUAGAAAACCAUUUGGAAACGUAACAAGGUGGUUUACCACCGUUAUUAAUCAACCCGAAUUUAAAGCCGUCGUUGGUGAGGUGAAGAUUUGCGAAAAAGUCGCUGAGGUCGAUCAUAAAAAAUAUAGCGAGUUCCAAGCUAACCAAGGUAAAGCUAAAGAUAAGAAAGAAAAGAAAACUGAAAAGAAAGAAGAAAAGAAACAGGAGAAGAAGAAGGCUGAAAAAAAAGAACCCGAACCUGAAGAAGAAAUGGAUGCUGCUGAAGCUGCUUUGGCUGAAGAACCAAAAAGUAAGGAUCCCUUUGAUUCCAUGCCAAAAGGAACCUUCAACAUGGAUGAUUUUAAAAGAUUUUAUUCCAACGAAGAUGAAUCCAAAUCAAUUCCUUACUUCUGGGAGAAAUUUGAUCCAGAAAAUUAUUCUAUUUGGUACGGUGAAUAUAAAUAUAGAGAUGAACUUACUAAAGUUUUUAUGAGCUGUAAUUUAAUCACAGGUAUGUACCAGAGAUUGGAUAAAAUGCGUAAACAAGCCUUUGCAUCUGUGUGCCUUUUCGGUACGGAUAAUGAUAGUUCCAUUUCCGGAAUUUGGGUUUGGAGAGGUCAAGAUUUGGCAUUUACGCUAAGUCCUGACUGGCAGAUAGAUUACGAAGUUUACGACUGGAAAAAAUUAGACCCCGCCGAUGCGGAAACUAAAAAAUUAGUGGCACAAUACUUUGCAUGGUCGGGCGAAGACAAAGAUGGACGGAAGUUCAAUCAAGGGAAAAUCUUCAAAUAAAGAAAUCAUAAGAUUAAAAGCACCCUCCGUACUAUAUUUUUUUUACGUUGUUAUUAUCCUUUUUUUUAAACCAAGUGCGUUGUAAAUCUUUGUUCUUUCCGGUUAACUACUUUAUAAUUCAGUUGUAAUUUUUAAGUCCAUAUUAUUAACCGUUGUGAUUUCGUAUGUAUCAUUGGAGGGUUAUUUUCAUUUGAGCCUAUGACAGCCUAUUUAUUGAAGAUUUUUAUGAACAUCCAGCAAAUAUAAAAUUUUUCACUUCGAAA